AUGAUUGGAUUUUUAACAACCCUAAGAACUGUUAAUGAACGGAACUUUUUAGGAGAAUUAAAUUCGAUUUCAAUGCAAAAAUCCUCAUCAAGUGAAGGAGUUUCUCAUGUUAGAAGAUCUAUUUCAUUAAACAAGUUAAAGAAUCAAUUUGCUGAUGCUGCUGAAGCAGAACAUUUUACUAAUGAAUCAGAUUCUGAAAAAUAUAAUAAUUUGUGGGACUAUUGCUCUUUAUAUUUAUCUAAAGAUGUUGAAACUAUUAAACAACAAAUUGCUAAUCAUAUUGAAUAUACAUUAGCAUGUCAACGAUUUGAUUUUAAAACAAAAUCACUCUUUACAGCAACAGCUAUUUCUUUAAGAGAGAGAAUGACUGAAUAUUGGAAUGAUACACAUCAAUAUUUUAGAGAAAUUCAAACAAAAAGAAUGUAUUAUCUUUCAAUUGAAUAUCUUAUUGGUCGUUCAUUAAUGAAUGCUAUUUGUAAUCUUGGAUUAGAAAAUGAAUAUAGAGAUGUUGUUUCCCAAUUUGGUUCAUCUCUUGAAGAAUUAUAUGAAUAUGAAAAUGAUGCUGCACUUGGAUCAGGAGGACUUGGAAGACUUGCAGCAUGUUUCCUUGAUUCACUUGCUACAAUGAAUCUUCCAGCAUGGGGAUAUGGUAUUAGAUAUCAAUAUGUUGCUGAUAUAGUUAAUAAUGAUAAAACUAUAGAUAAUAUGUUAAAGAUUGUUUUCAUUCCAAAUUAUAGUGUUUCAUUAGCAGAAGUUAUUAUUCCAGCAAAUGAUAUUAAUGAACAAAUCUCAACUGCUGGAUAUGAAGCAUCAGGAACAUCAUGUAUGAAAUUCUGUAUGAAUGGAGGACUUAUUAUUGGUACAUGGGAUGGUGCUAAUGUUGAAAUUGCAGAAGAGAUUGGAGAAGAAAAUAUGUUUAUGUUUGGAGCUAAGAAGAAUGAAGUUGAAUUAAUUAGACAACAAGGAACAAGCUAUAUUGAUGAAAGACUUUAUGAUGUCUUAAAAGCUAUUUCUGGAGGUAUGUUUGGAGCUGCUGAUUGGUUUAAUAAACUUAUUGGACAAUUCUGGGGUGGUAAUGACUAUUAUUUAGUUGCACAUGACUUUGCUUCAUACCUUGAAGCACAAAUGAAAGUUGAUGCUACUUGGAAAAAACCACAAGAAUGGAAUCAUAAAUGUGUUAUGUGUGUAUCUAAGAUGGGUAAAUUCUCAUCUGAUAGAUCUAUGAAAGAAUAUGCAGCUAAUGUAUGGAAUAUUCAUCCUUGUCCAUUACCAGAAACUGACAUGAAUGAUAUGAUGGAUAUUGCAAAGAAACAAUUAUUGCCAGAAAAGAAAUAA